UCCGUGAAACUGCUUGUUGCUUAGCGACGCAUACACAAGCGACAGGAAGUAUAGGUUUCCGCAGAUCGGUCUCGGCAGUGUUUUAGGCUUAUGCAGUGGUUUCUUUAAGCAGACUAAUAUGCACUUGUAGAGAAACUAUUCCAAUCUGAUUGUGACCAUGCCGGGUCCGAGAUAUGGGUCUCGCCAUGGUACCAGCAGAGGAGAAUUUCUCAAUCAAAGAGGCUAUUUCAACCCAGUGCCCGUCGACAACUAUUUGAGCGGAGAUGGAAAGUCGCAUGUCUAUCGUGGGCCUGGCUACUACAUUCCAUCGGAGCGUCGGUGGGUCACAUUUGUGGAUUAUCAUUCCCUCCCCACUGAGACUCGUAGGGAUGCUAUUCUUAUGGAGUCUGAAGAUCAGUGGAGAGAAUUUCAGCAAAAGCGCGACAUGAAGUCAUUCCCAAUGGGCAUAACGAUGUCAGGGCACCCAGAUCUACAUUUCAAGGAUCCCCAGCCCCAGCUGAUGCCCUUCAAGACCAAGGCAUGGAACAGAAAGUGGGAUGGACCUGGCUAUUUUGUUCCAGCUUCCAACACGUGGAUUCAAGAGCAUAAUGGACCAGGCAUUCCACGAGACUCUUAUCAUUUUUACAAUGAAGAAGACUGGAUAAAAUUUAGAAACAUGUCACAGGUAGCAGAGAAAUAGAUAAAAUUUAUCAAAGAAAUUUAUAGUUUUAUGCAGCAUUUUAAGGCUGAAAUGGCAUCAUUCAAAACAUUUAAAAAGGCUCUCUUAAAGAAAAUUUGCUGUACAUGACUUUAGGUUAGCAGUAUGGACUGAUUAUUUUUUUGAGGAAAAUAUAAUAUCUAUAGAUAGAUUAAUUAAGCAGCCUUUAAAAAGACAAGUUGUAACUAUGAAGAGUUGUAACCAUCCUGAUUUCCAGUGCACAAUCUAUCUGAAAGCACAUAUAUUUUAUUAC